UGGGCCAGCCUGCUGCUGCCCCCGCGGAGGCUCGGGCCAAGGUCACAAUUGAGGCUGAGCUGUCCAGGGCUGAGAGCUGAUUGGCCGAGGGCUCCAUUGUGACGUCACCGCCCAGCCAGUGAAAUUGAGGCGCUCUGGUGGGCUUCAGGCAGAGGAGUCUUGUUUAACACAGCGGCUGCUGUGUCCAACAGCCCUGGCCAGGGUGAAGGCAGGCCGUGGAAUGAGCCACCGCCGCAUGGGGGACCCAGCACUGCUGCCGUCGUGAUUCUCCUCCCAACCUCCGUGGGCUUCCUGGAGCCUCUUCAGCCUGGUGUAGGCUCCCCCUAACCCAGACACUCAAGGUGCCAGGCAAAGACUCUGGAGACUCUGCCUGGACUGGACCCUGUCAGCAGAACCCUGAACAGAGAUGGAGCCUGAUCUGAAUCGUGAGGGAAGCUUCCCGAUCGACCAAGAUCCAAAGAACCCGAACCCCCAAAGCCCCUCUGACAUGGCCUCGUCCUCCGUGAAAGACAGGGUAUAUAGUGGCUCUAAAGGGGACCUGAGUCCCACAGAUAUCCAGGGAGCAGUCCGGGUGGCUCUGGAUUAUGACAAGACAUUUGGAGAAUUCAAGAUUUAUGUGCGUCAGUGCAAGAACCUGGCAGAGACUGAUGGAAGCAAAGGCAGAUCUGACCCGCAUGUCAAAACUUACCUGAUCCCCGACAGCACCCGACUGGGUAAAAGGAAGACGUCUGUGAGGAAAAGGACAGUGAACCCGUCUUUCCAAGAAAUGCUGAAGUACAAGAUUGAGAAAAUGGCCCUGAUAGACCAGAAGCUGAACCUCUCUGUGUGGCACAAUGACCUUCUGGGACAUAAUAUUUUCAUGGGAGAGAUAGAGAUCGACUUGGUCAGCUGGGAUUGGGGCAACCGGAAGCUCAACUGGUACACACUUAGAUCCCACAUAAGGAUAGGACAGGCAGAGUAGGGAAGGCAGGGAAGUGCAGUGAUCAGGGGAGACCUCCUUUGGUCAUCCUCCAUCCACAGACAACUAGACUGUUUUGCCCACACCUUCCUUCCCAGCACGCAGUGUAGCCCUUCAGAUGGCAUGUGCAGCUGAGCCAGGGCAGAAGACAGAGCAGGGAGCACUAUUUCCUGCCUAGGCAGCCAGAAUUCUGGGCUUUUGGGGAGGUGGCCCACUGGCACCAGAACUUUCUUGGCUUCCCCACCCUCCUGCUGACCCAUAUAUAUAUGGAGGCUGAAGCCCACUGAAACCCAAGUCCCUGCCCAAGAUCUUUUCUUCAUGGGAACUCUGAACCCAGCUCCCCUCCCUUUUCUGUGUGCAGUGGAAUGGAUUAAUGAAUGGGGGGGGAAGUAUUAUGACGCCUGGGGUUCCCAGCCCCACUCCUAGGUCAGGACUGUGCACAGCCAUCCUUGAGGCCAUAGGCUUCUUCUCUUCUCUGCCCUCUCAACUGGGAGGGCUGUGGGAGGUGUGAGGUGUGCCAGGGUCCCAGGUGAGCUGCACAUCAAGAACCCAUCCUUGGGAGGAAGCCAGCCAUGGCCUUCAGAUGCUGUUUCCCUCUGUCUAAGAGGCCAAGACACAAAGGACUAAGGCUCAUGCCCUCAGAGGCUAGACUUGCCAAGGGCACCCAGGCAACUAGCUCCUUAGUGUCAGGCCUGGCCCGAGAGCCGUGAUCUCUAGUGGGUGCCCACUGCCCUUUACUGGUCUCCCACAAAGAGUGCUCCCAGGGAGGCCAUGAGCUGUGGCAGGGGGAGAUGAGUCACCACAGAAGCUCUUAGCCUCUCCCCUCUCCUAGCUCUUUCCCAGCCCCGAAGUCCCUGGGCAAUAGCGAAGGCUUGGUGAGAGCUGGGGGAAUUUUGCUCAGUGGUUUGGGAGGGGAAGCCCCCAGCUGUCAGGGAAGUCUGGGAGGGCUUUGGGAAUGUGGCCAAGGAAGUUAAGGCAGGGCAAAUGGCAAGGGGACAGCAAAGGGGGAGCCCCAGGGAAGGCUAGAAAUGCCCCCAUAUCUGGGCUGCUGCUGCUAUGUAGAUGGGCUCCUGGGCACUGCCACUGUCCAGGUUUCAGAACCAGGGUGGUACCUGCCUCCACCUCUCCCCAGUGACCCUCCCUCCUGGCCCCCACCGACUGACUUGUGCUUUCAGAUUCUUUAUGCUCCAACAGACGUGUCUUACAUGAA